CACGCCUGAGCUCACUUUUGCCGCCGCAUUCUAGCUUUUUUCCUUUGCUUUUACUCGUAGCAAAACGUAGCGUAUGCGUUUUUGGAUCCAUCUACGUAUUACUGUGGCAACCGGGAGAAGAGCAUCCAAACGAUACGGUCAUGUCAUCGACCAGCUCAGUCAGUACCGGCUUGCGGAGCCCCGCAGCGUCGACUAGCUCAGACCUCAUGUCGGAGGGCGAUAACGACACUAGCGCCGUUGUCCACGGUGUACGAUUCGACGAGCGAUGCGUGCUCAUUCCACAAUUCAAUGGCAAGUUUGGUCGUGCAAGGCAGCCUCCACGAAUUGGCACGUUCGAGUUACCUAUCCCUGUUGUCGGCCUACCCUGGAGAUCGCCCAGCACACCUCCCAGACAGAAAGAGUUCGCUCCAAUCCAAGAUGUGAAUGGAGUUGCUGCUACCGCCACUAGUCCGCCAAACACUCCAGAGGCCCAGCGCGUUGUACUUAAGGUCCCUUACCCCAUUUUCCGCCGAAAAUCUCAUUCAGCUCUGCAAGCAGCAGCUAGCUGUCCUCCAUCCUGUCUUCGUCAGUCGCCUUCCUUCAACUCUCCGGCCGGACCAUCUGCUGCAAGCCCAAAUGGGACUUCUCCAGGACCUCGAGGUCUGAAAAAACGAUCGAAUUCACUCCCUCCGCUUCUUCCGGAUCCGAAAGCCGAGACGAUCCCUUUGCGACCUUGUUGUGAAAGAUGCCUAGCAGCAUGUGAGACGCACUGGAAGCCGAAAAAGAUAUUACCCACGCUAGAAGAAUCUUCUCGUGAGCAUACACCCUCGCAGAGUCGCGUUGACCUUAACGAACGCGGGGGCACCAACGACGAUGAUGACGAGAAUUGGUGCUCCGGAUUGCAUUUUACGAAAGGUGCAAUGCGACUUUGGAGGAGUGCAUCCGCAGACGACACGGGUCAGCGUUCAAGACAUUCGCAAGAGGGAUCUGGUUUACUUGGUUCGUUGGUCCGAGUAGACGAAGUUGAUCGGAAACGAGGGACGAGCCCGAGUCCAUCACCUCGUAAUUCUUUGCACGCGUCUGCGUCUGCGCCUGCGCCCGCAGGGUCAUUUCCACUAAAACCUCACCCGCUCAUGUUGAAUGUACGUGACAUCGAACGUGUCAAGGGAAUUCCGUCACCGAGUAGAAGUCCGUCAGGGAGUGACGAACCCGAUGAAGACCUUUUCCCUCUACCAUCACCGAAACGGUCUCCAGGCGCGAGCCCUUCGGACAGUGCGACGUGUUUGCCUGUACAAGUCCCACCAACCGAACCGCGUCGUCUUGAGGCAGCGAUCAGAGCAAAGAUAGCAGAACGUGAAAGAAAGACGAAGUCCACAUCUUCUCUUUCCCCUACUUCCCCCUUGUCACCAUCUCCAUUAGGUUCAUCUGUGCCCUCGUCACCAAUCCCGAUUCCAGAUGCGAAGAAGAACCGUGGUAAAAAGGGUGCGGUGAGCCAUUUUCGGUCGAACCUAGAUGAGAUCGAGGCAGAGUACGACCCAACACUACCUGACCCGGACGCACUUCCUCCAACGUCGACUAUUCUGCUUGACUCACCUCCUAGUUCUCCUCCACUUGGGCCAUCCAACUCUAAUCUCAACCGUGUCCCACGCUUCUCUGCUUCUCUCCCUUCGUUACAGCUACACAAGAAAGAGCAACAAUCCCAAUCCACGUCUCCUCACGCAAAUUCGAAACAGAGCUCAAUGUCUACCUCUUCCGAUACCAAUACAGCACAUACAUCUAGAACAACUUCUCCUCGAGGCCGAGGCUUGUCGAAAUCAGAAAGCGAGACAGGGACCUCCAUGUCAACGACAACGACACCAACCACACCACGCCUAAAAAAUCGCCGUUCAAGCAUCUCGAACAUCAUGCGCGCGAGCGUGAGUGUAUUGAAGGGUAUGAGUCUUACUGUGCAGGCGACGGAUCAAACGUCGAAAUCAUCAUCGCCUCCGCCACCUGUACCACCGCUUCCGCCGACGGCUCAGCUUUCGAGGGGACUGCUUGCUUGAGGAUGUCGUGUCAUGUGAUAGAGCUGCUCUGCUGCUUCUAGAUGGUUGGUCAUACUGCUAUAUACCUUGUAAAUCCUGUGAAAGGUUACAAACAACCAUACCAUCAAUUUUCUAAAUUCACUUUCGCUUCCUCACCUCUUUUACUUAUUCCUUUAUUCACCAUUGUUGUCCUGUCCUCCGUGUCGUCCUCUUCUUGCCUUCAACUCUUCUAUUACACGCCCAGCUUCGUUUCUAUACUUAUAAUUUUCGAAACGACCUUGUACAAUAUCUUGUUCUUGUGCCUUUGGAGAGGUACUCCGGUACAUGCAAACAUACGUAUAUACAUACAUAAUUGAUAGUCAUUAUAAAACUUUCUCUUUCUUUUUCUC